AUGAAAAGCGCUGAUGUAAAACAGAGUAGCCGUCGUGGUUUGAGCUUUGGUUCGGUCUCCAGUGAUGUUGAAAUGACAGAAAUGGAUAAAAAUGUAAGUUUAGUUUCUUUCCAGUUUUGCAGUUAUUAAGAAAUAAUUUCAAAAACAAACACCAGACUAAAUUUUUUUAAUAGUGAAUAAAUAUUAGAUGAGGGGUUUUAAGAUGAAAGUAAAUGAAUUGGAAUUUCAAAUAAAUUCAGAUAAAAAUAAAUGACACUAAAGUUAUGUUUACAUUAGUUUCAAGCAAAAAAUCAACAUUAAUUAGUACGGUUAGUUGAUAGUUGAAACUUUGCAGUGCUUUUUAUAUGUAACCUUUCUAUGGGCACAGUUCACACUGGAUGCUUCAAAUCCUUAAGCAUCAAAUGUUUAACAGUGCCUACUCCAUAAAAUGACUUCACUAUUGCAGUGAAUUUAACAUUUGAAUGAGUUAUUAAAUUGAUAACAGAACACCAUGAUGUAGGUGAUAAUUUGUUGUUUUGUGCAGUUUUAUUGUUAGUGUUAGAGUGUAGAGUGGCAGAUUGCAUUGCAGACCAUAGACCUUGAAAACUUAAAAAUGCAAAUCAAGACUACUUGGAGGAUUAAAAAUUCUGAAUGUACAGCACUGGUCUAAAUAAAUGCGUUCUGUUGUUUCAGGAAACCAAAGACUUCACUAUUGAAUGGCAAGCAGUUGUUGAAACAACCUUAGCUCCCUUAGAUCAAUUUAGUAGUUUACAAGCCAAAGCCGCCUCAACACCUUGUAUACCAGCAAACCAAAUAGUGAGUAAAAUUACAUUUAAGCAUCUAUAUUAUAGUUUACUCAAGACAAUGCACAUUAUCACAAGACAAUGACUCCUGAUAGUGUGCAGGAAAUUAUGUACACUGGAUUUAAGGCAUCAGUUACCAAAGUUGGGUUUUGUAAUAAUUUCAUAUCCAUUCUAUCUCACUAUGAAAAGCAUUUUCAAUAACCAUAUUGUGUUGGAAGGAUUGUGCUCUUCCAAAAAAUUAUAAGAGCUUCAUAAUGUAUUUAGAAUUUAGGCUAUUAUAUUAAAGAAUGUAUCAAUUUUUAAUGAUUAAUCUUUUAGUCAAAUCAACCUCAAGAAGUCACAGACCUUAUGUUUUCCUGCUUACCUGUAACCACUUUAUAUGAUGAAGGCCUAACACCUUCCAAACACCUCAGGUGA